AUGGCUCCCAUAAUUUCAGAUAUGACGGUGCACUUCCGCCAUGACCGGUCGAUAACGCAGAUGAUGCUCGAGAACACGACGAACGCCAGCCCCAACAAGAUCAUCAGCGAGGACAUUUUGACUGGUAAAUUAAUUACCUAUCAAGGUCUACGAGAAGAUGCAUUCAAAGCUGCUUGGGGGCUAAGGCAUCGCCUGGAGAUGAAGACAGGAGAUACCGUCACCAUAAUCGGGAGGAGUUGCGUGGGCUACAUUGUUGCAACUCAUGCGGUCUGGGCAGCCGGUGGGAUUGUCAGUACGAUUAACCACUCCUCAUCUGCGAAGGAGAUUGCCCAUGCCGUCAAGGUCAUCAGACCUCAGUUCCUCAUUGUUGAUAGCAUAUACGAGAAGAAGCUGCGCGAGGGCCUGAGCUUACAGAACUAUGGCGACGUGACAAUAAUGACAAUGGUGUCUAGAUUAGACGGCCACGUUCUGUUCCCCGAUGACUUGACCUCGAACUCGAAGCGAGUGGAGCCUGAAGCAUACGUGCUGGACGGACAAGAUGCGCGGACCAGGUGCGCGGCGCUGGUAUUGUCCAGUGGCACAACCGGCUUACCCAAGGCUGUCAUGCUGUCCCAUUACAAUCUGACUGGAAUAUGUGAGGCGCUGCGUUUUCACAACCCUGACAACUGGAGAGAGUCCAUGAGAGAGGUGUUUUUCCCGCUUAUGCAUGAGAAACGUGCAACGUUGGCCCGGCUCGUUCCUCCAGUCGCGGUUAUGCUGGCGGAGAAUCCGAUCGUUGGCAAGUAUCAGUACCCUGAUCUCGAGUAUUUCUCCUGCUCGGCAGCACCCUUGAAGCCGGCGAUUGCUUCAAAGCUACGAUUACGGUUUCCUAAAGUCAGCUUGUGCCAAACAUACGGCUGCACAGAGCUGUCUUCCUGCAUUGCGCAAAGUGGCGUCCGAGAUAAAGACGCCCCUCUUGUCGCCGCAGGCACUCUGCUCGCCAAUGUCAAGAUCCAGUUCCUCGACGAACAGGGCAAAGAAGUACCCCGUGGACAGCCUGGCGAGAUUGUCGUUUCUACGCCUACCAUUAUGCUCGGAUACAAGGACAACGAGGAAGGGACGCGCGAAAGCAUGCACGGCCCUGACUGGUACAAAACCGGUGAUAUUGGAUACCUGGAUGACAAUGGGUACUUGAUAAUUGUAGAUCGGCUGAAGGAUGUCAUCAAAUACAAGGGGUUCCAGAUCAGCCCGACUGAGCUGGAGGAGAUAAUCGGACGACACCCCAUGGUAAAAGACUCGGGUGUCACUGCUAUCUGGGACGAUGCUGAGGGAACCGAGAUCCCUCUGGCGUUUAUUGUGCCGAGCAGCCCCGUUACAAAUAUUGACCGGGAUAGUCUCACGAAAGAGAUCCAGGAUUUGGUUGCAGGUGAAGUGGCAGGAUACAAGAAGCUCAGGGGGGGAGUGCGGUUUAUUGACCAACUGCCACGAAAUCCCACUGGAAAAUUGCUACGACGGAAACUUCGAGACAGAGCUGGAUCAAAGGCUCACCUGUAA